CGAGGUUUUGGCCGUUGCGGGUUUUUGGCACCCACUCCGCCAGGAGUGGGUAAGUGGAAGCCGAGGCCCACGGGUAUCGACAUCGACCCUGCCCUGUUCGCGGGCGCCAACCCAGCCCGCAACGGCAGUCGCACCAAUCCAAGCUGCCAUCCCACUCUAUUCUGCUGUGCCCAAAACCCACUCUUGCGAGAUUUGAGGUGCCCCUGCCCAUGCGCAGCGCUACAAACCCCUCCUAGACGUGUGCGCUCCACUCCCACUCUCCACAGCUCGAGCUCAGGCAUCCCCACGGCACCUGGCACCCCGGCUCGCCAGCUCGUCCAGCGUCGACAGAGCCAAACCUGCGCGCGGUGUUUUCGAAUUGACUCCUGAGUGCCCAAGCCUCGACUCGGACGCCCCUCGGGACGUCCUGAUUUAGCCACAAUUGACUCGAACUGCCUCAGCCCGAUCCCCCAGUUCCAAGCAAAGCAGCAGCAGCAGCAGCAACAGCAACAACACACGUGCGUACGUACGUACGUACCUUGGUCCAGUCAGCCUCGACACGGCCUCAGCCUUCUCCUAGGAGCCGCGUCCGGUUCUCGUACCCAAAGCCCACUCGCCUGUCGGCCGGCCAGAGAACCCACCGUGACCUUGGUCAACCCACACCUUGGUCAGCAAGGGAGGGGCAAUCUGUCUGCAUCCCUUCCGGCCUGGAGCAGCUGCAGCACACUUGCGGGUUCAAGACAGACAGACAGAGACAGAGAGACACAGAGAAAAGAGAGAGCAGGCAGCCCGGAAUCUCGUCCACCCUCAUCCCCCCAAAACUCCAUCCCCCAAUGACCCGCGGGUAGUCGUUCCGGCCAAACCUUUAUUAUCUUAUAUACAGAUCCGUCCAACCCUGCCACAGCAUCGCUGCUGCGCUGCUUCUCCUUGCUUCAGUAAGGACAGAAGAGAAGGCUCAGCCUAGACAUUCCCUGCUUCUGGCACCCGCUGCCAAACUUCCUUUGCCACUUUCUUGCCAAGACUGUACUCGGGGCGGUUGGCCGCUGGCAAGGAGAGGAGAGAAAGACAGCAUUAGACAGCCAGAUUGCUGACUUUCAAGGGCUCAAAUCAGCCAUCCCAGAGUUUCCCUUGUCUGUGUGAUUUGGCCUUGCAUCGACCAGUCAACCCAACCCGUCAACCAACGAGCCACCUCAAGCAGCCUCAGAUCAGCUGGGGUCCACACCCUCCUCCUGCCUUUCAAGGUUCACCACAGGUUACCACCUGCCUCCCACCUGCGGCCGACCUGGGCACGACCAGGGGACGCUUGUUGCUUGUUGCUUCCGCUUCCCGAGCCUGCUCGUCCCUGCCCCCCGCCGUGCCCCCGUGCCCACCCCUUUUGCUGCCCAUUUCUGGGGCCGUCCGCACCUCCUGUGCCUCCGAAUCGCAUUCGCGCUCAUGCCUAGCCUCGGUUUCCUGAAGAAGAAGCGGACAAGGGAGGCCGAUCCUUCUGCCACAGCCAGUCAGCCCACGAGUCCAGUCACCCCCACCACCGCCAACACGGCAAGAAGCUUCGACAACUCUACCCUUCCUAACCCGCCGUCAACAACAACGCAACCCCUCGAUCCGCCCCAGAAGGCCGCACCGGCGCCCAGGCCGUUAUCCGAGGGCGCGAAGGUGGCCAUGAAUCCCGCCACUGCUCACCUAGCCGCCCCGUACAAUGUCACACCUCCGGCCCAUUCCCCGUCCCCGGGAACCGACCCGCAGAACCUACCGAGUAUCGCCAACCUCAUCAACCCCCCGCAGCAUGACGGCGCCCAGCAGUCGGCUUUCGCACCUCCUUCUGGGCAGUCGCGAUCGUUGAACCAGGCUCAAUUCCCCCAGCCCCCCGCCAACGGCCAGUCCGCACCCGGCGCGCAACCUUCGAACGCCAUGGCACAACAGCAGAACCCGGCCCAAGCUCUGCAGGCGCAACAGGCCGCCGUGGUACAGCAGCAGCAGCAGCAGCAGCAGCAGUCGAGGCAGACCAAGGGGAAAUACUCCCUCGUCGACUUUGACAUACUACGGACCCUCGGAACCGGUAGCUUCGGCAGGGUGCACCUUGUCCAGUCGAAGCACAACUCGCGAUUCUACGCCGUCAAGGUGCUGAAGAAGGCACAGGUUGUCAAGAUGAAGCAGGUCGAACACACGAACGACGAGCGGAAGAUGCUUGGCGAGGUCAAGCACCCAUUCCUGAUCACGCUCUGGGGCACGUUCCAGGACUCGAAGAAUCUGUACAUGGUGAUGGAUUUUGUCGAGGGUGGCGAGCUAUUCUCGUUGCUGAGGAAAUCCGGCCGCUUCCCAAACCCUGUCGCCAAAUUCUAUGCCGCCGAAGUCACCCUAGCGCUCGAGUACUUGCACGAGAAACAUAUCAUCUACCGUGAUCUGAAACCAGAGAACUUACUGCUUGACCGACACGGCCACCUCAAGAUAACAGACUUUGGCUUUGCGAAGCGGGUUCCGGACAAGACAUGGACGCUAUGUGGUACCCCUGACUACCUUGCGCCCGAGGUAGUGUCGAACAAAGGUUACAACAAGUCGGUGGAUUGGUGGUCAUUAGGGAUCUUGAUAUACGAGAUGCUGUGUGGUUACACGCCAUUCUGGGAUAGCGGCUCGCCAAUGAAGAUCUACGAGAACAUCCUCCGCGGCAAAGUAAAGUACCCGGCCUAUAUCAACCCGGAUGCCCAGGAUCUUCUGGAGAGGCUCAUCACAGCCGACCUGACGAAAAGGCUGGGCAACCUCUACGGCGGGCCCAAGGAUGUGAAGCAACACGCGUGGUUCGCCGAGGUGACGUGGGACCGACUGGCGAGGAAGGAUAUCGAUGCGCCGUACACACCUCCCGUGAAAGCGGGCGCAGGUGAUGCCAGCCAGUUCGACAGAUAUCCCGAGGACCCUGAGCGUUACGGCCAAGGAGGCCACGAUGACUACGGACAUAUGUUCGGCGACUUCUAGUCCUCGCGUGAGCGCAAAGGACGCCGAUAUCCGGCACAGGACAUGCCGAGGCGCACGAGCAAGAAAAGAAUGGACGGAUGGGCAGCCACUGCGAGUUGCUCUUGUAAGUGUCGAAUUUGACUAAUGUUGGUGACUGUGCAAAGAAACUUGGCGUUGUACGGCGCAGGUGGCCAACAUGGCUUCUUAUUGAUCCAUGUCAGUUUUCAAGGGGGGCGCAAUGUGUGCAUUCACAACCGCCGCUGGCUGUAUCGAAUGCCGUGUAAUAUGGAAACGGAAAAGGAGGUCGUGUCCCGGUUGCAUUCGGUUCCGGCAUGGACAUGUUCUGGAAAAUCCUCUCAGGAUGGGAGUGUUGGGUGACCGACAACAACAGCAACAGCAAUGGGGAGAUCAGCAGCAUGGCUACAAACAUCCAUAACCUACGAUGAAACAACAAGAGAAGAACACACCUACGAGCAUGAGUAUGGCGGGUGGCGGAAACAAGUAUAGAGAGGGACAGAGACAGCCGAGCUGCCAAGGAUGGGCAAUGAUUGUUUUUUUUUUUUUUUGGCUUGACAGUCUGUCAGAUGACAAUGUGUAGGAGAACAAUGCCACCCCAGUCUUGUGCUACGA